AUGUCAAACUCAACGACUGAUGUUAGAAUAAUUUUAAUCAAUAAUAUAUCUCUUCAGCUUAAUCAUUAUAUAACACUGUUCGUUUUUCUAUUUGGCACAGUUGGAAAUGUAUUAAAUAUCAUUGUGCUUUCACAACCAUUAUUGAGGCGUACUCCAUGUGCAGUUUAUUUUCUUGGUUCAUCUGUAGCUAGUCUUGGAAUCAUUAUAAUCGGUCUGCCAUCUCGUAUGAUAGCUGGGAAAAUAUCGGAUCUAACAAAUACAAGUUCUUACUUAUGUAAAUCACGUAUUUUUCUUCUUUAUUCAUUUCGUACAACAUCUGCUUGGCUACUAGUAUUUGCUACAAUAGAUCGAUGGUGUUCUAGUAGUACUGAAAUCCAUAGACGUCGUUUAAGUUCCCAUAAAACUGCUGGUAGCAAUAUUAUUAUCAUUUUUGCUGUAUCAUUUGUUCUCUGGAUUGAAUCCAUGUUCUGUUACGAUGCUGAUGUUGAACAAGCACCUAUUAAAUGUUAUGGAAAAUCGAAUAGUUGUCGAAUAUAUAAUGAUGUUGCAUAUGCAAGUUCAACGAUUGCUAUUCCAUCUGUAUUUAUGCUUAUCUUUGGACUAUUAACUAUUCGUAAUAUUAGUAGAUCUCGUCGAGCUUCUCGAGCAUUUUUCAACACUGAUUUAAAUCUGGCUCGAGCUAAUCGUCGAAAACGAAAAAGUACUAGACGUACAGAAGUUUCUCUUACUUGUAUGCUGCUUUUACAAGUCGUUCUACUAACACUUUGUUCAGUACCGCAAGCCAUGCAUCAGUUCUAUUUAACUUUUACGAUUGAUGUUAGUAAAAGUCCAUUACGUGUAGCUAUCGAGAAUUUUAUUGUUAAUUUUAACUUUUCACUUACAUAUAUUGGGAAUGCAAUUCCUUUUUAUAUUUAUACACUUAACAGUACAGUAUUUCGCCAAACACUUAUUCGUCUCGUUCAUUCAACUAUUCAGCAAUUGAAAUUUUACUUAACUUUUCGUUUUUGGAAUACUUAA